GACUAACCCAGUACUUACAUGGCGUGUUUUUGAUGUGCCGCUCUUGCAAUGCACGAGCUCUCUUGUCACCGGAUUUUGAUGAAGAGAGGAUGUCAGUUAAGUACUAGUGUAAGAACUCUGCCUCUGACAUUUCAAGGGGUAACUGAUGUACUCUCACAAAGUUCUAGUGUUUUCUUUCAUGGAGCAUGUACGUGCAGCUUAUGUGGACAUUGUCAUCGUGCCCUUUUGCAUUCUUCUACUUCACACUUUAGAAAGAAAACUGACAAGAAACCAGUGUCAGUAAAUCCAAAAGGCAUAAAACGGGAAAAGGCUCCUACUGUUAGUGUGUGGAAAAAUAUGACUGUUCAAGAACUUGCAGAUGCAGUUGGAAGAGAUUUAGAUACAUUAUUUGAGAUUUUCCUGUAUGUGGAUGACAGUGAAAUUUAUGACAGCCCAAGAACACCAAUAGAUAAUGUGAAAGUAAUUCAGGAGGCUGUUAAGAGAGCAGGUUUUCGCUGUGAUUUUAGCAGUAAUCCACUAAGGGUGGAGAAGAAAAAGGAGAAUAAGGAUGCUGUUAAGAGGCCCCCACCUUUGGAAAGUGAGCUAAUUAGCCGACCUCCAGUUGUGACAAUUAUGGGCCAUGUAGAUCAUGGAAAAACCACACUUCUGGAUGCUUUACGUCAUACCUCUGUUGUAGACACCGAGUUUGGUGGAAUUACUCAGCAUAUUGGUGCCUUUGCAGUUAAACUUGAUACAGGAGAGCAGGUGACCUUCCUAGACACUCCUGGUCAUGCUGCCUUCAAAGCUAUGCGUGCUCGUGGGGCCAAUGUGACAGACAUGGUUGUGCUAGUGGUUGCAGCUGAUGAUGGUGUUAUGCUACAAACAAAGGAAUCUAUAGAACAUGCUCAAGAAGCAAUGGUGCCAAUCAUCAUUGCCAUAAAUAAGAUAGAUAAGCCGGAAGCUAAUAUUGAACGAUGUCGGCAAAUGCUCCUCGAUUGUGGUCUCCAACUUGAAGAGCAAGGAGGAGAAGUGCAAGCUGUACCAAUAUCAGCUCUGAAAGGACAAAAUCUUGAUCUUCUCAUAGAAGCUAUAGCUACAGAAGCAGAACUUCUGAAUUUACGAGCAGAUUCAAAAGGUCUUGUUGAAGCUUCAGUAGUUGAAGCCAGAACAGAUCCUGGUCGAGGAAAGGUAGUGACAUGCAUCAUACAGAGAGGUACUCUACGGAAAGGAGCUGUACUAGUUGCAGGCACUGCAUGGGGUAAGGUUCGCAACAUGUUCUCCGAUUCUGGGAAACCUCUGAAAGAUGCUCCUCCUGCCACUCCAGUUCAGAUAAUAGGGUGGAGAGAUCUACCUGCAGCAGGAGACUUGAUUUUAGAAGUUGAAUCUGAUCGUAGAGCAAAUGAAGUAAUAGACUGGCGGAAACAGCAGCUUUCUGUACAAAAACAAAAAGAGGCAGAAAUAAUCAUACAAGAACGGCUAAAUGAACAUUUGAAAGUAUACAGGAAGCAACUAGAAGAACGACGUAUGCAGGGACGUAGAUAUGGAAAAAGAAGAGGGCCCAGAGAAAAGGAAUCCAGAGAGGAAGAUACUGGUCCCAGAGUAUCAAUUGUAUUAAAAGGAGAUGUGGAUGGAUCAGUUGAAGCCAUUUUAGAUGUAAUUGACACUUAUCACAGUCCAGACUGCCAGUUGUAUGUCCUUAGCUAUGGAGUUGGAAUGGUUACACCAUCAGAUGUAAACAUGGCUGCAACAUUUAAGGAGCUCACGUCUAGGGUGUCUCCUGAUUUGGGCAACAAAUUUAAAAAUCGUAAUUGGCUGAGAAUGCAUGCCAUCUGGGUGCUGAAGAACAACGCUGUUGACAACGCAAAUCUGCAACUGCUGAAGCAGCUACCUGGUGAGGAGUGCAGUUACAAGGCCAUUGACAUUGUUCUCGAUUCAGAUGAAGUUGUGAACUGUCUUGAGGAGUUCUUGAAUAGUUUAACACUUUCUGUCUUCUGGACUUCCACCUCACCACUUAAAACUCAAGAUUGGCAGACCAGUAAUGCUUUUGAGAAACUUGGAGCCACCAAAGCUUUGCAAUGGAACUCCUCUUGUCAUAAAAAGAUGAUGCCAAGAAUCUUGGAAGCUACAAUAUUAACUGGCAAAGCAAGUAGGGAGGAUGUGUUCAUACCCCGAAUUCCUGUUAUCCCAUCUGACGCACCUUUUGAGUUCAAGUGCCUUCAAUUUCCCUUAAAGCUGAGCUUUGCAAUGAGCAAUAACAAGGCUCAAGUAGAAGGUCAAACACCGACACCUUGUACUACAAAAGUAGUUGAUCUGGCUCUUCAGGCGGCUAUGGAGGACAAGCCCAUGCCACAACUAAGAGAGACGGAGUUGACUUCUCUACUUUUUCCAGGAGAUCCAGAAUGCUGGGUGACGCCCCCAGCAACUUUCACCACAGGGAAACUGAACAUUGACUGUGCCUCUACACAGUUCAGCGACAAACUUCCGAGACUCCCAGAAUCCUUGGUCAGAAUCGAGUAUGAGGCACGUACUCGGUUAAGUAGAUCAAUCAACUCCGCUACAAUGGCAGAAAUGGCUUCGCUGGUAUACCAAGACGAGUCAUUGUUCAAGAUCCUUACCAAGUCUCUCCUCCUCACACUUCAAAGUGAUGCCUAUGACUUUGCUGUAGCACGCCGUAAUUGCAGAAAGCAUGUGCUUUCAGAAGCUACAAUAAGGCAUGAGCCAAAUAAACUGAUUAAAGCCUCAAUUUGGGGCCCAGACUUAUUCCCGGAAGACAUUGUUAACAGUGUCUUAGGUGAGGCUGCUAGGGUCAAUCAAAGUCUCAAAGUUCGUUGGGGCCUGAUGCCAAAACGGAAAUAUGAAACAAUCAGGAAAUCAGACAAGAGGCAGGAAGAGUGGCCUUUGUGCAUUUUUGUGGUUUCAGGAGAAGCCAAUGUAUUGGCAGAAUUUGUUGUGACAGAAGGAAAGAAGAAAAUUCCAGUUGCUGGCUGUCGCUGCAUUAAAGGCACAUUGAAAAGGGAUGCAAGGUAUCGUGUCAUACGAAAAGAGGAAGUUAUUCAUGAAGGUGAGCUUCAAUCUAUGCGUCAUCUAAAAUCAGAAGUGAAAUCUAUUCCAAAAGAAAAGGAAUGUGGACUGAUGUUUCAAGACGAAGAGGUUCGAUUUGAACUAGGAGACACAAUACUAUGCUAUGCAGUGAAUAAAGUAAAACAAGUAACAGACUGGGAUCCAGGAUUUUAAGCAUAUUUCAUUUUGUAAUUGUGUACAGAACAGUUGUUAUAUAAAGUGAAAGUAAAGUUACUUGAAGCAGAGGUAAAAUUA